AUGCCGAGUACCGAGUACUUGGGUCCCGCGCAAGGAGGCGGAGACGGGGCCCGAACCUGUACCUGGGAAGCAGUCGGCAGCCAGCAACGGGACCUGAACCAGGCCCGAACGGUUAUUGCCGGGGGACGACAACUGGCGUCGGCUCACCGCCCGGGCCGUUCUGCCGUGAAAAGCACCCGCCCUGUGCUCUGCUUCGACCUCGCCUCCCCACUGCCUCUCCUGCCGGAGCCUGGACAACCCUCGUCCUCGGCUCAUCCAUCGCCCCUCCAACCAUCCAUCGUCAAGCAACCGCCGAACCGCGACCGCCUGCUCCAAGGCGCAGACUGCACAGCAACACCAAAAUGGGCUGGCGGGAGUGGUGGCCCCUUUCCUCCUCCUCCUCCUCCUCCUCCUCCUCCUCCCCGCGCCGACGCAAUCCGCUCCGGCGCCGCCAUCCCCACCCGCGCCGAGCGUCAGCAGUGCUGGGCCGCGCGCGACGCCUACUUCGCCUGCCUCGACGCCCACGACAUCCUCGACGCCACGCGCGACCCCGCCGCCGCCCGCCGUGCCUGCCCCCGCGAGUCCGACGUCUUUGAGCGCGACUGCGCCGCCGCCUGGGUCACCCACUUCAAGCAGUGGCGCGUCGCCGACGCCCAGAAGAGGAGGCGCCUCGACGAGCUGCGCAGGCAGGGCGCCCACGAGAUGACGGUCCAGACGUCGUUUGCCCCCGAGGCUGCCUCCAAGCCCGCCAGCAGCAAGGACGACAUUCAGAAUAUGCUGCAUAGGAAAAGGAGUGCUUAG